CAUUAUUACAGUAAACAAUAAAAAGGGAAGAAGGUAAUAAAAGAGAAUUAAAAGGAUUUAUCUUUUUGGUAGAAUUCAAUUCAAACUACUCUGAAAUAGGAUCAGAGUUGCAAUAAACACAUUGCAACUCAGAUCCUGAAGCAAUAAAUACAAUAUAAACACAAACAAAAAAAUUAACUUCUCAUUGAUUUUCUAUAUAUAUAAUUUUCUCAUCUCGUACACGCUACCACUCCAUUUCUCCCCUUCCCUUUUUCCGUUUGAAACUUGUUAACCGUUACACCUUCCAACAGCAACCGCUCACCAACAACUCAAGCUCUUCACUUAAUAAACUCCGUUUGAUCAAUUUUCUCAUUUGUAUUUUUCACUGUUUUCGUAAUCGUGUUCAUCGUAAAUUUGUUAAACGAGUUUUUAUAAAAUUUUUUUUUGAAUUUUUAGAAUUAUUUUUCACUUUAUUCGUAAUCGUGUUCAUGUAAAUUUGUUAAACUAGUGAUUUUUUUGAUUAUUUUUACUGUAUUCGCAAUCGUGUUCAUUAUAUAUUUGUUAAACUAGUGAUUUUGUAGUUUUUUUUUUUGAACUGUAUUCGUAAUCGUUUUCAUAAUAAAUUUGUUACUAGUUAUGUAGAUUUAUUUUUUGAAUUUUUUUCACUGUAUUCGUAAUCGUGUUCAUCGAAAAUUUGUUAAACUAGUUAUUGUAGAUUUUUAUUUUUUGAUAUUUUGUGAUGGCGGAGUUGAGUCGGAACGGCGGUGAGUCGUCGCCGCCGGAGACGGCGACGGGAAUACCGACCGGUUUGAACCGGAUCAAAACUAGGAGACUUGAGAAUAAGGAAAGGCCGAGUUCAAGGCUUGUAGUAGAUUCCGAUAAGCUGAAUAAUGAGUCGUCUCCUCGUUCUGGAGCUACUACACCUCGUUUAAAGCAGGAUCAAAGAGCUGCAGCUAAAGGACGGAAAGGACACCGUAAAGGCAGAAAGAUAGCUAGUUGGUUUGCGUCAUAUCUCAUUAAGGAUUUUGAUCAAGCUGGUAGUGGCUUAUCUUUAAACCAGGGGUCUGACAAGGAGGGUCCUGGAAGGAAUGUGCAUAAGAUGGGAAAGCAUGUGAAAGUGAAGCAAUCUUCCCAAGGAGCACUGCCUAACAGUAAAGCAAACAAAACAUUCAAAAGCUUCUCACAUGAACUAGGUCCAAAAGGCGGGAUUCAACCAUCACCUCCACGAGCUCACAGCUAUAAUGAUCUGAAGGAGCUGCUCGGAUCUCUUCGUUUGAGAUUUGACGCUGCAAAAGAAGCUGUGAACGCAGAGCUAGGUGGUUUCUUGCAGGAAGUUGUAGAGAUUGUACAGAAGAAUGAUUCCUUGCCUCUGGAUGGACAAAAGAUGGCUGAAGAACUUGUUGUUCUUGCUCAAGAGUGUAUCAAGAUGACCUGCUUAGAGUUCCGUUCCAAGUGUGAAUCAAUUGUCCAAGACCUGACAGUGAAAAGACAAGAAUGCCAAAUGGGUCUUUUGAAGUGGUUGUUGACCCGCAUGCUUUUUAUAUUGACACGGUGCACAAGGGUGUUGCAUUUUGCGAAAGACAGUGAGCCAAUUGAUGAGACAUCUCUGGCCAAGCUUAAAGAGUGUCUAAAUAGAAUCCCUUCUGUUAAAACAGAUUGGGUUCUCAAGCGAAGGAUUUCUGAUACAGGAGCAGGUUGUAAGUUGAACAAAAAGUCAUGUGGCAAAUGCAGUUUGGAGGAAGAAAAAACAUCGAAAAAUUCCUCUCACUCACAUCAGCAGAAAUAUGAAGUUAUCUUGGAUGGAAGUGUCACUGUGCUCGAAAAAGAUCCCAUGUCUAUUGAACCAACACCAUCGUUUAAUAAUAACCCUCCAGAUAUUCAGUCUAACAUUAAACCAUUGAACAAUAUCAGCGACCAAAGUAGUGGAGAAUUGCGAAACGAGUGUAGACAACAGUUUCCCGAUGAUUCUAAUUUGGUGAUUUGUAGAAUUUGUGAGGAACUUGUUCCCACUAUUCACUUGGAGCCUCAUUCCUAUAUAUGUGCUUAUGCAGACAAAUGCGAUUCGAAAUCUGUAGAUGUCGAUGAGCGCCUUUUGAAAUUUGCAGAUUUACUGGAACAGUUUAUGGAGUCACGUAAUUUAGGAUUUCAGGUAACUACUGAGAUCCAAGAAAAUUCGAAAUUGAAAAGUGAAAAUUCCGGAAACACAUCUGAAGGUUAUUCACCUAAUAUGGGUGAGUGGAGAAGCAAAGGGAUAGAUGGAAUGUUUGAGGAUCUUCAUGAGAUGGAUACUGCCAGUAUAGAAGAUUCUCCAUUAGCAGCAUUCGUUAAUUUGAAGAGUCACUUGGGCUCAAAGUUCAAUCACUGUGGUCCACCAUCUUCAACUGGGAGCAUGACAUCAGUAUCCUCGACAAAUACCCCUCGGGCACUAAAUUUUGACUUCUGGUUAGAUCAUAACAAUCUUUCUGAGCUAGAGGAUGUUCAGCAGAUGGCUGAUUUAGCAGAUAUAGCACGUUGUGUGGCGGGCACAGAUCUUUCAGAAGAAGGAUCUCAUGAGCUUUUAAUUGCAUGCAUGCAAGACCUACAAGAUAUUUUACAAAAUAGCAAGCUUAAAGCUCUUGUAGUAGAUACAUGUGGAGGACGAAUAGAAAACCUUUUGCGAGAGAAAUAUAUACUUGCUUGUGAUAUUGUGGAUAGAAAAGAUGGGUUUGGACAUUCAGAAGGUUCCAAAAUGUUAGUGGAUAAUUCUUCUCAUUCUAGUAUAAUGUCAACUCCUUCAAGUUCGUCACACAAGGAAAGAACAAGCAUUGAUGAUUUUGAGAUUAUCAAACCAAUCAGCAGAGGUGCCUUUGGCAGAGUUUUUCUGGCGCGCAAGCGGUCAACUGGUGAUUUAUUUGCAAUCAAGGUGCUCAAGAAAUUGGAUUUGUUGCGGAAGAAUGAUAUUGACCGCAUAUUGGCAGAGCGUAAUAUAUUGAUUACCGUCAGAAACCCUUUUGUGGUACGGUUUUUUUAUUCAUUCACUAGCAAAGACUACCUUUAUUUGGUCAUGGAGUAUCUUAAUGGCGGUGAUCUGUUCUCUCUUCUUAAAAAAGUCGGUUGCCUUGAGGAAGAUGUAGCUCGAACCUAUGUUGCAGAAUUGGUCCUUGCUCUCGAGUACCUUCAUUCUUUAGGAAUCGUUCAUCGUGAUCUCAAGCCAGACAACAUAUUAAUUGCACAAGAUGGGCAUAUAAAGCUUACAGAUUUUGGUUUGUCAAAAAUUGGACUUAUGAACAGCACAGAUGAUCUGUCUGGACCCGAUACAAAGGAUGUAGUGCUUCCUGAUGUUGGUAGUCAGCAAGAUCCAGAUCUAUCAGACAAAUCUCAGCGGUCAGCUGUUGGUACCCCUGACUAUUUGGCUCCGGAAAUUCUUCUUGGAACUGAGCAUGGUAGCGCUGCUGAUUGGUGGUCAGUAGGAAUUGUUUUAUUUGAACUCAUCACUGGGAUUCCGCCUUUCAAUGCCGAGAAUCCUGAGGUUAUCUUUGAUAAUAUGCUAAACAAGCAAAUUCCCUGGCCAUCUGUCCCAGAAGAGAUGUCCUUCGAAGCACAAGACCUGAUUGACAGGCUUCUUGUUCAUGACCCAAGUCAGCGCCUUGGAGCAAAAGGAGCAUCAGAGGUAAAAGCACACCAAUUUUUCAGGGGAGUUGAUUGGGAUAAUCUUGCCUUACAAAAGGCGGCAUUUGUACCGCAGACUGAUGGUGUUGAUGACACAAGCUAUUUUGUAUCCCGAUAUGGUCUAAGUGGAGUGCAAGAUGAUGAAGAUUGUAAUGAAUCUGGUUCUGACACGUCUGAGUUCUCCUCAAACUUUGGGCUUGAGAAUAUGGAUGAAUGUGGUGAUCUCGCUCAAUUUGAUCCUUCUCCUCUUGAUCUAUCCUUGAUGAAUUUUUCUUUCAAGAAUCUGUCUCAGUUGGCAUCCAUCAACCAUGAUAUGCUCUUACAAAGUGGUAUCGAUUCGUCAAGAUGUUCAUCUCCAUGUAAGGGUCCAAAUGAAUAAGCUCAUCUUCAUUUAGUUUCGCAUCAAAACCCAAAUAAAUGGAACUAAAUUGAAGGUGUUGUAAAGGGGGGGACGUACUCCGGCAUUCGCAUAGACGUUGGUCAGAUAUCUCUCCAUGCUGAGAAGGGAUGGUACUAUCUAUACCUGUGUGGCAUUCUAACCCAAUGUUCUCACCAACAAGGUUUAUAGCUUAGUGGUACUGGUGAGAGUUUUGACACAAUAAUCUCUCAUAUCCUUCCGUUGGGACUCGCUAGCCACACUCCUUGCUGCUUCCCUGCUUGAUGGUGUCUGGUGAACCAAUGAUAGAGAUCUCUAGCUAGUAGUUCAAUCCGUCCCUGAGGGCGAGAGGAGUUGUAGGAAUUCACAUUGUAUAGAAUAAUCCUUGAGGAUUCGAUUAUCAUUAUUCUCUCUCCCCUUUUCUCUUGCAAUAGAAACAAGUUUGGAAA